AUGUAACAAAAUAUUUUAACGAUUGAAACUAUCACAUCAAGUAAAGAAUAAGAAACUAAAACGAUUGCUGAUUGUGUUAGAAAAUUAAACUAUCUAAUUUUAUAAAGAUACUUAAUCAAUGUCUAGAAUUAGUUUGGAAGUUAAAAUUUAUUUUAUUAGAGAUAGAUUUCUUAUCACAAUCAAUAUUAAAGAAACUCUAGAAAUAAGAUCUUUAUCACAAGAAUUCGAAAAGGAAGUAAGCUAUUUUAGAAAAAGAAAUUCUAAAAUCAAUUGAAUUUCCGCCAAUAACAAAUUAUUUUUUUAAUAAUUUUAAAGAGAGAGAGAAAGGCCUGA